CUUUGAGAAGAACAAGCAGCGCAUAAACCCCUUCUAAGUUCUAAUUUUCUUCCUCAACCCAAACAAUUUCUUUUUUUUUUUUCCGCCUGCGGCAGGAUUUUCCCGAGAAAAUGAGGAAUUUGGGAUCUCGAGCUUCUGCUGAAGAGCGUCGCAGUCUCUCAAGAUCCUUGUCGCAGCUAAGGCAUCGGAUUACUGGGUUUUCUUCCAAAUACUUGUGAGAUUAAGCAAAUGGCUUCCGCGAAAGGCCCUGUUAAAAAGGGUCAGCCUUCGAUUAAGCAUAGUUGCAACUUCGCUGAGGCUACUAAGAGGAAGCUGUCAAAGGUCAGUGAUCGUGAACAUGUCGAGUAUGCGUAUGCUUGGCAGAGGCACAACAGGAGACGAGGAGAGACCAAGUUGAGUCAAAUCUUGAGCAGAGAUGCGCUUAUUUCAGUAGUUGACUUGAUGUGGGAUCGCUCGGAUUUAGUUUCUGGUAAUUUGAUCAGCUCACUAAACGAAGCAAAUCUAGAUGAUUUGAAGAGAGACGAAGUCUGUAAGAUCAAUGUCUCAGUGGAUAGCACACAGUUGCCUGCUGAUCAUAAGGGUAAGUCUCAGUUGCUAUCAACUCCACAGUCUAGUGUUCAGUUAGUGAGAGUGGCCGAGAAGAUGUGUACUUUCAAAUCUAUCGUUGGUUCUUGCAAAGAGAAUGCUUUUCCUCUUGAGGCUAGGUGGGAGACAGAACAGCUGUAUAGCUGGAUGAAAGAAGUAGUUCCCACUGUUAGUAGAUAUCAUAAAGGGGCUGAGAUUGAGAAGAGAGAAAGUUUUGAAGUAUCUGCUUCAGGAAAUGCUAAUAGAAGUGGUAGGAUCUUUGUCACAACUGGUUCAGAGAGCAUUACAGAUACAUCGGGAGGCACCAGUUUAUCCAGAUCUACGGAUGUGAACUAUCUCUUUUUGCUUUACAGAGAUAGGUGUGCCAAUAAUAAAGGAGUGAAGGUAAUAAGCACGGACUGCGAUACUGAGAUGUCUUCUUCUUCUUCAGGGGAUGACUUAGGCGAAGACAGCUUAUCUAUGGUUGAAAAUAAACAGUUGUGUGAAAGAGAUAAGAAAGACCAAGAGAGUGAAGUUUGUUCUUCCUCUAAAGAAACGCCUUCUUACGCAUUUGCUAAACAGCGGCAUGCUUUUGCUGGUGCAUUGGCUGGCAUAAGCGUCAGUCUUUGUCUUCAUCCGCUAGAUACAGUCAAGACGAUGAUUCAGUCAUGUCGCUUGGAGGAGAAGUCUCUAUGCUAUACUGGAAGAUCAAUAAUAUCUGAAAGAGGUUUUUCUGGACUUUAUCGGGGGAUCGCUAGCAACAUUGCCUCAUCAGCUCCCAUCUCUGCCCUUUAUACGUUCACUUAUGAAUCAGUUAAAGGAGCUUUGCUUCCUCUUUUCCCUAAGGAAUAUUGCUCCCUUACUCACUGCUUAGCUGGGGGCUCUGCAAGCGUUGCAACUUCUUUUAUUUUCACGCCAAGUGAGCGUAUAAAACAGCAGAUGCAAGUCAGUUCACAUUAUCGCAAUUGCUGGACUGCAUUAGUCGGAAUCAUCCAGAAAGGUGGUCUACUUUCUUUAUAUGCUGGUUGGAGUGCGGUGCUAUGUAGAAACAUACCACAUUCAAUCAUUAAGUUCUAUGUUUAUGAAAACAUGAAGCAAAUGGUAUUACCAUCCCUCGGUCCUGGUCAAACGGCUCAACCCACCACAUUACAAACGCUCGUCUGUGGAGGACUAGCGGGAUCUUCUGCUGCUUUCUUCACAACCCCAUUUGAUGUAGUCAAAACAAGAUUACAAACUCAGAGGUUUGAUCCCAAGACUGGUGAUGUACAUGUCCCAAGGAGCUAUAUUCUUUGCUUCAUAUGAGUUUUACAAGAGUGUACUCUCUCUAGAAGCCACACAACCCGAUCUAUCAGCUCUAUGGCACAAAACAAAAGAUGGAGAUAACCCUAACUCAUUAAUAGGACGAUGAUAGUUAAGCCACCCACACAAAGACAGUAACAUAACAUAUGUAAUACAUACAAUUUUCCGGCUGUGUAACUAUUGGUUUUGAUAAAAUUUAUUUUGUGCUAAGUCUUUUUUUUUACUGGAGAGAAAGAGGAAGAUCCAUUAUUCACUAAACAAGUUACAAAACUUUUUUUUUUUGAAGGAUCUACCAAACUCUACGCUUAUAAGAUCUCUAAACCAAAUUGGGCACCUCCCAUUUUGCUACCUUACAAUAUGAACAGUGUGGCUUUUUCUUUUGCCUAGAUCCUACUCAGAAGAAUGAAUAAAUGACACAACAAAUCAUGUGAAGCCUCUCUCAGUUUUGGGAUAUCAGAGACCAUCCCAUCUUUAAGCUCGAGAGAUCAGAGACCAUCCCAUCUUCAAGCUCUAGCUUGUCCGGCGAAUCUGCUGCUUUCAUGGCUGCAUUUUGUCUCUUCUUCUCGCCAAGAAAACAAAUGUAUCUGCAAUAACGACAGCAUCACAGACUCACACUCUGGAGAUUGGCGAGAAAGGAGGGUUCGGCAUGUAGGAUUGAAGAGCAGUCGCAGCUUCUCUCACAGGCUUAAGGACUUUCUUUACUUCUUCCUCAGUUACUGCUUCAACUAAGAAUUGAACAUCAUCAUCAAUCAGCAUUUUCAACGAGCUGCAAUGCGAUAACUGUUGUACAUUCUCGCCGUUUCUGUAACUAUCCGAGACUUCCGUGUUAUGUAAUAUCGCAACACAGAUUGAGAAUGCUUGCAAAGUAGAUAACUGCGCGUGGAAAUGAACAUCGUAUUGCCCUUCCUCAACAAACGACAUGUACAAUGCUGGUAUAUGCUCUUUAGCACCCUAUACAAACAGUUGCAGUGGAUGCUGAUUGUCUACAAGAGGCUGAUCAUGAGAACAUGAGAUACAAGGAUUUCCAAGAACCAUAAGUGGACAAGCCAUGUCCCAACCACCACAGUCACAACCACCUCCUGACCUCCAUCUCUCAAUCAGAGGCGAAGGACCGGUGUUUUCGGUAGUCGGUAGACCGUGGUUCCCCCUCGGGAUCACAACCUUCAGCUUCUCUGAGCUUCUGCUGCCAAGAAACUCCUUCUUCUCCUCCUCUAUUGGAGAAAGACCAAGAAGAUUCGUUUUCUCCAUCAGCCUCUUGUCACCUCUUCUGUAUUUCAAGCUUUCUCUCUUCUCAAUCGUGUCUUGGAUGAUUACAGCAGCGAUCUCAAGGUCAGGAUGCAAAUCUGACGCUGACCACGGGGUUUUUCCGUUUGAAGCCUCGAGAUCAUAGCUUUGAGAUGUACGUUUAGGCUGAGAUCUCUGCUUCACUGUAUCAGAAACAUCUCCAGACAUUGUGCUGUUUCUUGAAUCUGAGUCUGGUUUAGCAAGACUCUUGGAGACAUUAGUAACCGUAUCAAGUGGUAGUGAUUGAUCUUCUUUAGUGGAGACACUCCUUCUUGCUUGUGCAAUAUCAUACAGAACAAACUCAUUCACCAUCAAAGUCUCUGGAUUUUGUCCCUUUACUCUUACCUCUGUGCACAUAUUACACGAAACUUGCAUCUGAGCAACAAGCAAAGAGUCUUUGUUAACAUCAUUCGAGCCUCUCACACUAGCACUGCUCCUCUUCCUGCUUCCAACAGAUGAAAACGUAUAUACCCAACCAGAACCAUUAUCAGAUUUCCAAGUCUUUGCAGCGUAAACAUCCUCAGGAGAAUCUGACACAAACUGAAAAACAGGCAGUCCAUGUUUGCUUUCGACCUUGAGACGGCAAUGUAGAUGAACCGGAGAAGAUUUCAGCACCAAAGUAUAAUCCUUACUGACAACUGGAGGAGGAGGAGGAAGAGGACAAAGAUUUGAUCUUUUAUGAAUGUUUGAGUAGUAAUCACUCAACAUAGAUUUGCAACGCUCAUUGUUCUUCUCAAGCUUUUCUGUACAUUCAAAUCCGAAAUGAUCACCUGAUUCUCCUAUAGUAUACCCAAGAGGACUUCUCAGAGACUUUGACUUAACAAAUGGAUCAAACAUUUUCCUAACUCUUGAGCUUUCCUUAUUGCAACUCGUUACUGAUGAAGAGACUGUAGUAACCUUUUCUACUUGCUUAAGCAAUCUUGUUUUAUUGUCAUUACAUUCUUUCGCUGAAUCAUCAUCUGAAUCCAACACCAUAGCUCUAUCUUUAAUACCUGAUUUCAAACAAAUGUCAAUGAAGUUACUAGAAGUGUUAGCUUCAACUGAUGACUUCUGUCCAUCUGAAAGCUUCUUGUCCGGUCUUUUCUCUGUACUUCCUUUUCUUGAAGAAUCAACAACUCUAAAGGAGAAAGAAGCAUCACUACUACGAGACAGCUCAAGCUUUGCUUUUGAAUCUUUACGUUCUUUAAACAACUCGUUGGAGCUCUGAUACACAGAACCUCUCCUCUGCUCCGACUUAUCCGACAUUGCAAGAGGCUUUGAAGGAAAAUUCUUACAGGACGUGCUACGGUAACGCCUGAAGCUUAUCUCGGUGAAGCCUUCUUUGACUCUCAAGAUCUCAUCUCUACGAGGCGGCUUGAGUCUUGUGCUCCUCUUUUCUGAUUCAGUGAAAGGACGAGGAGCAGGAAGAACACUGUUGGGGCUUUGUUCCAUAUCAAUUCCUUUACCAAAUUCCAUUUCCAUUCCAGUCACCACAUCAAAACAUCUGAAAAAAACAUUAGAGUGAGACAGAGAGUGUCUUAAUCUCGAAGAUUUCUUCAUAGUUUUACUUAUCGAAAUGGAGAAGAAGAAGAAGGAGAAAUCACAAAACAGUGACGGUAACAGGAUAAAUCGAUCAUGUUCUUGUAAUGUAAACAAAAAGAUAGAAAAAAAGAAAAGCAAUCAAUUUGUUUUCUCCCUCAAGGCAUCAUUUUGUUUCUUUUUCCCUCUCUUCGUUACUGUUUUAGUGUGCAAAAAUCUCUUUCACUCUCACACACUCUCUCUCUCUCUCUGUACUUUUGCUUUUAGCUUUUUUGUUGUCUGCUUCUUUUUCACUUCUACGAUCAAACAAAGGUUUUUUCUCUUCAAUGAAGUGUGACGUAAGACAAUCUUGC